GUGGGAAGGGCGGGUGCCAGCGCACGCGCGCCACGAUCCCAGGGACUAACGUUCUCGGAGCCUGACCAAGAUCAGUGUUUCAGGAGGGACCACCCGGAGUGUAUGCGAGCGGCCAGGGCGGACCAGAGGAAGAGGGCACCAUGGCGGCCCUCUUGCUACUGCUGCCCCUACUCUUGCUGCUGCCUCUGCUGCUGAAGCUGGACCUCUGGCCUCAGCUGCGCUGGCUGCUGGCCGACGUGGCCUUCACAGUGCGCGCCCUCCGCUGCAAAAGGGCCCUUCGAGAUCGCGCGCUGGCCGCCGCGGCCGCAGACCCGGAGAGCCCCGAGGGCGGCUGCAGCCUGGCCUGGCGCCUCGCGCACCUGGCCCGGGAGCGUCCGGCACACACCUUCCUCAUUCACGGAGCCCGGCGCUUCAGCUACGCGGACGCAGAGCGCGAGAGCAACCGGGCUGCUCGCGCCUUCUUGCAGGCACGCGGCUGGGCCGGGGACCGCGGCGGCCCGGGCACUAGCAGCACCGAGGAAGGCGCACGCGCGGCGCCUGCCGCCCGAGACUCCGCGGCGGGAGGAGGGACGACCGCACCCCCUCUGGCACCCGGGGCGACUGUGGCGCUGCUGCUCCCCGCGGGCCCGGAAUUCCUAUGGCUUUGGUUCGGACUGGCCAAAGCCGGCCUGCGCACGGCCUUCGUGCCCACCGCCCUACGCCGAGGGCCCCUGCUGCACUGCCUCCGCAGCUGCGGUGCCAGCGCGAUGGUGCUGGCUCCAGAGUUCCUGGAGUCCUUGGAGCCCGACCUGCCGGCCCUGAGAGCCAUGGGGCUCCACCUGUGGGCGACGGGCCCUGAAACUCAUCUUGCUGGAAUCAGCAAUGUGAUGUCUGAGGCAGCAGCCCAAGUGGAUGAGCCAGUGCCUGGGUACCUCUCGGCCCCCCAGAGCAUAAUGGACACCUGCCUGUACAUCUUCACCUCUGGCACUACUGGCCUGCCCAAGGCUGCUCGCAUCAGUCACCUGAAGGUCCUGCAGUGCCAGGGGUUCUACCAGCUGUGUGGCGUCCACCAGAAGGAUGUGAUCUACCUCGCGCUCCCACUGUACCACAUGUCUGGCUCCCUGCUGGGCAUUGUGGGCUGCUUGGGCAUUGGGGCCACGGUGGUGCUGAAGGCCAGGUUCUCAGCUAGCCAGUUCUGGGAAGAUUGCCAGAAGCACGGAGUGACAGUGUUCCAGUACAUUGGAGAGCUGUGCCGAUACCUCGUCAACCAGCCCCCGAGCCAGGCAGAGCAUGGCCACAAGGUCCGGCUGGCAGUGGGCAGCGGGCUGCGCCCCGACACCUGGGAGCGUUUUGUGCAGCGCUUUGGACCUCUGCAGAUACUGGAGACAUACGGAAUGACUGAGGGCAACGUGGCUACGUUCAACUACACGGGACAGCCGGGGGCGGUGGGGCGCGCUUCCUGGCUUUACAAGCACGUCUUCCCCUUCUCCCUGAUUCGAUACGAUGUCAUGACAGGGGAGCCUAUUCGGAAUGCCCAGGGGCAUUGUGUGGCCACAUCUCCAGGUGAGCCAGGGCUACUGGUGGCCCCGGUAAGCCAGCAGUCCCCCUUUCUGGGCUAUGCUGGGGCUCCAGAACUGGCCCAGGGGAAGCUGCUGAAGGAUGUCUUCCAGCCUGGGGACGUUUUCUUCAAUACCGGGGACCUCUUGGUCUGUGAUAAGCAAGACUUUCUUCACUUCCAUGAUCGCACCGGAGACACCUUCAGGUGGAAGGGGGAGAAUGUGGCCACAACUGAAGUGGCUGAGGUCCUCGAGGCCCUGGACUUCCUUCAGGAGGUGAACGUCUAUGGAGUCACGGUGCCAGGGCAUGAAGGCCGGGCUGGCAUGGCAGCCUUGGCCCUGCGGCCUCCGCAGGCUUUGGACCUUGUGCAGCUCUACGCCCAUGUUUCUGAGAACUUGCCACCUUAUGCCCGACCUCGAUUCCUCAGGCUCCAGGAGUCUUUGGCCACUACCGAGACCUUCAAACAGCAGAAGGUUAGGAUGGCGAAUGAGGGCUUUGACCCCAGUGCGCUGUCUGACCCUCUCUAUGUUCUGGACCAGGAUGCGGGUGCCUACCUGCCCCUCACACCUGCCCGGUACAGGGCCCUCCUAUCUGGAGACCUUAGAAUCUGAGACCUUCCACUUAAGGGAGGGGCGCUGGGGGUACAGGCCAGCAUGGCUGUACCAGGGGUUUUCGGGUAUCUUUUGUAUAUGGAGUCAUUAUUAUUUUGUAAUAAACAGCUGGAGCUUA